UCUGUGUACGCAUGCGCGGUGGGGCUGCGAGCCCGUGGUUGCCCGGGCAGGGGCCGAGGAUGGCAGAGGGGGGCUCGAGUGACACCGGCUCACCCAGCAGCCUGCGGCCAGGGGUCCCCGGGGCACGGGGGCUGCUGGGGAGACGCCCGGCCGCCCCCCCCCUCACCCCGGGGCGCCUGCCCUCCAUCCGCUCCCGAGACCUCACCCUGGGAGGGGUCAAAAAGAAAACCUUCACCCCCAACAUAAUUAGCAGGAAGAUCAAGGAAGAGCCCAGAGAGGAUGUCUCCGUCAAGAAGGAGAAGAAGGAGCGGGAGCGGGACCGGCAGCGCGACGGGCACGGCCGGGGCCGGGGCCGGCCCGAGGUUAUCCAGUCCCACUCCAUCUUCGAGCAGGGCCCUGCUGAAAUGAUGAAGAAGAAAGCCGGCUCCUGGGACAAGACGGUGGAUAUGUCGGAUUUCGGCCCUUCCCACAUCAUCAACAUUAAGAAGGAGAAGAGGGAGACGGACGAGGAGACGAAGCAGAUCCUACGGAUGCUGCAGAAGGAUGACUUCCUCGACGAUCCGGGGCUGAAGAACGACAUCCGGAACAAGCCGGUGCAGCUGCCGCUGGCCCACUCGGGCUGGCUUUUCAAGGAGGAGGCGACGGAGCCAGAGGACCCCCAACCCUGGCUGCCCGUCCCCAAGGAGGAGAAGAUGGAGCUGGACCCGCCGGCGGUGAAAGUGAAAGAAGAACCGUGUGAUGAGGACCCCUUGGCCAAACCGGUGCAAACCAAGGGCCCCCCCGGUUUUCCCCGAGAUGUUUCGGUGGCCGAGCUGCUGCAGCGGUUGAGUCUGUCGGCCGAGGAGGAGCUGCUCUUCCUGCAGCUGCCCGACACGCUGCCCGGCCAGCCGCCCACUCAGGACACCAAACCCAUCAAGACGGAGCUGCAAAAUGAGGAAGGACAAGUGGUCGUGGUGAAGCAGGAGAAGAGCCAGGAGGCGAGGCAGGUGGAGAAUACCUGCACCCUGGCCGACCUCCCCGAGGGGCAAGUGGGGAAACUGCUCAUCCGCAAGUCGGGGAAGGUACAGCUGGUUCUGGGCAAGGUGACCUUGGACGUGACCAUGGGGACCCCCUGCUCCUUCCUGCAGGAGCUGGUGUCCGUCGGCAUCGGGGACAACCGCACGGGUGAGAUGAUCGUCCUGGGCCAUGUGAAGCACAAGCUGGUGUGUUCCCCGGAUUUCGAGGCUCUGCUGGAGCACCGGCACCGGUAGCCCCGGCUGGAGGUGGGGGGGUCCAGCCCCACAGCCCGUGGGUCCCCCUGCACUGCUCGGGGACCCUGCAGCCCCCCAGCCCCUCCAGCCUUGCCUUCGGGAUAUGGAGAGGUGUCUUCUGCAGGCGUGGGCGCAAAGCUGGCUCCAGCCUCCUUCCCAGCCCUGCAGUGGAGCAGCGCCGGGGCUGGGGGGGGGCUCCGGCUCUGCCUCCCAGACCCACUGCCCCUCCCUCUGCGAAAGGAGCACAGGCCGUGGCCACCCCCAUCUCACAGAUUUCUGGACCGUGGUGUGUCAGCCCCCCCCCCCCCCAAGCUCUCCAGCAGCCGUGCACACGCUGGGGAGAGCAGGACACAUGCCUCGGGGGGGAGAAAUGUGGAAUAAAAACCUCUUUUUUUUUUUCUCCCCCUCCCU